GGAGAUUAAAAGCGAAUGAUAGGGAAAGAAACAGGAUGCAUAUGCUUAAUGAAGCAUUGGAAAAGCUACGUUGCGUAUUGCCUACGUUUCCUGAAGAUACCAAGCUUACGAAGAUCGAGACUUUGAGGUUUGCUCACAAUUACAUCUACGCGCUGUCUCAAGCUGUGAACGACAUCGAGAAGUACUCGAACACAGACGACAAUAUAGUCGUUAACGUUGGCAAUGUCACAGUGUCAAUCAGCAAGCACGGCAAUAGCAUCACUUCGAGGAAUUUUCAAGAAACGUUCGGUACAGCAGUUGUUACUAGUGGCAGUAUAUCCAAUGCCAGUUUCAUGCAAGACUAUAACGGUGUUUCUAGUCCAGAAAGUUUAAACGAGUGUCAGAGCUAUACAAGUAGUUAUAUGGGCAUAGAAAGGUCGUAUUUGAAUGGCGAUUAUACGCAACACAUCCCCCAGCAUAUCCCGCAUACCACUGUUUAUGGACAGUAUAGUCUGUUGGAGUACGGGUCACCUGACGGUAACUACGUUAAAUGACAUAUUACGGUUUUCUCCGUAUAAAUAUCGAUACAAACACAUCAACCAUGAGCUGAAUCUGAAACCUACAAUUGUAGCACGCCUUUAUGACCUCCUUUAUUCUCACAGUAUUUUCUCUCCUUCAGAAAGGCUGGGCUAUUUCUAGAUUCCUACUGUUCUGUGUCAGCGUCAGCGCUCUCCCAUUGUG